UAUAAACAAAUACUUUUUUUUGGAACAGGUUGCCUUAGCCACAGCUCUGAACCCAAAGUGCCACUUGUGCUGGACUCGGCCUGAUUCUCAAACUAUUGGAUGAAGAUGCCUAUUUGAUGAUGGUUUGACAAUCUUAUUGGAGCAAACCGAUUUAGGUUACACGCCACUUUCACCAUAUCCCUUACUCGUUGUGUAUAAACGCUCAGGUAGUUUACCUGUCUGUAGCAUUUCAAAACUUUUCAGACAUAAACUCAGAGUUGCAUCAGCUGGAGAUUCAUGUUUGCUCCUGGAUCUUCACACUUCUGUAUCGGAUGUGCUCUUCGAUCGCACGGCUUCUGUACAAAAAUAUCUGCCCAGUGUCAAAGGAUUUUUCUGGGGCAUUCAAGUGUGGUUCACAGAGUAAUAUAUCAUCCACUCAUACCUUCAAUUUACCAGCUUCACCUGAACUGUCAGUUCCUCAUUCUCUGCUUGAAUGAGCCAACAUUUUGCUGACCAGAAAAGAACAUACACAUGAGGUCUGGCUCCCUAUUUUGCAUGGAGGUCCAAUAGCUGAAGCCUUUACCCCCAGGCAUUGGGUGUCCCUCUGGGUGACCUGUAAGGUCAAGUUCUCCUCUUGACUCAAAGCUCCAACAGACAGAUACGGGCCAUGUCUGAACCUGUUCCUCUUCUAAAUUGUGUUCUGGAUCCUUUGGGCAGUCAUGCUCAAAAAUGGAAGGCGUUAAAACUGGAUGAGAUGGACACACAUUGUGGAGUCACUUCACCUCAGCAACAAGAGGAGAGCCCCACAGAGACAUGCUGUCCUGAUGAGUUGCUUUCUGCCUUUUCACCAGCCCUGUGUGAUAGAAGUUGUAACCAUCUGCCACCACCUGUGAAUGCAGCAGAGGAGCAUUCACUGGAUCUGCUCAAAGUAAUAAAGCACAAGCCAAGCGCCAUUGUGUUCUGUGAUUAUGACUGUAGCGCCGAUGACCAGGUGACCUUUGUCAGCGGGAGCUCCGAUGGUGGAGAAUCCUCCUUAUCCACCACCGAAGAGGGGGAGGAGGAUGAUUUUCCUGAGACAUUACAAUAUAAGGAAUUCCUGGUCAGUCGUCACCGUAGAAACUUGAGCAGGAACAGGAAGUGCUUAAAGAGGAGGCAGGAUGCCCAGCCUAAUAUGACUGUAUCUGGCUGGCAAAAGCCCGUCAACAGUGCCAAACCUGAGUUCCCAGGUAGCCAAGAGGAAGAGGAUACAAUGCAGAACAAUGGAAAACAGGCUACUGCAUGUGGCUCCGUGACCUUUCUGAUAAACAAGUUGGAUCAGUUCAGUGAUGGCAUCCAGGAAGUCCAAAGCAGUAAUUCCUCCCACCCAGCUGUGGCCAGUUCUGACCAGGAGCAGGAGGGCAUGAUGUGUGCUCCCACUGUGGACAGGAUGGUGAGCCGAGGUCCGAGUCAGGAUCAGGGAACCAUCAGAGCUCCAGACAAACCUGAGCCACUGACCAGGCGGCGCUCACGACCUUUGACUCACAGCAGACCGCUGACCCGCACAUCCCUCCCAUCCUCGACGCACCUCCAUGUUCGAUGGGCCAGGGAUGAUUCGAGGAUGGCCACUGGAUCAGCAGAGAUUGAGGCUAAGGAGGCCUGUGAUUGGCUUAGAGCAGCAGGAUUUCCACAGUAUGCUCAGCUCUAUGAAGAUUCCCAGUUUCCAAUUGAUAUCGCCUCUGUGAAAAGGGACCAUGACUUCUUGGAGCGGGACCUGGUGGAGCCUCUAUCUCGGCGUCUAAAUACUCUGAACAAGUGUGCCUCCAUGAAACUGGAUGUCAGCCAACCCAAGAAGAAGGGUGAUGACUCCGAUGAAGAUGACCCAUUGGCUAUCAGUAAACGGUGGACAUUUGAGUGGAGCAGUCGGCGUUGGUCUCGUUUACAAGACUUCCUGUUGGACGGCACCAAUGAAAGCAGCCCGACGGGUCAGAUGGAGGGUCUGCACAGCACAGUGAGCAGCGAGAGCGUGCUGACAGACCUGAGUGAGCAGGAGAUCACAGAAGUCUCCUCGCUGCACAGUGAGGACUCCGCAUCCGCCAUGCCUGACUCUAUAUCUAUGGCAUCUCUCUCCACUUCCUACCAACCACCCAGGGACCUUCCAUAUUACAACUCCCUGCCAAUCAAAAGCAGCCACCACAGGCAAGGAGGGCGGAGUAAAGCCAAAGAGUUUUUGCGCCGAAUGGAAAUAAUGCGUACUUGGGGGCCAUCGACAAGGCGGAAAAGUUCAAAUCGCAGGCUACCACUGGUCAUCAGUGGGCCGGUGUUACAGGGAGAGGAGCCUCAGGCACUGCAGAAGCUCCAGUGUACUCCCAUCAACCAAUUGGAACACAGCCCUAAACUCAACCACCAAACAGAUAAUGGCACUUCUCCUGUCUCCCCUAGCAAUGGUUGUAAAGAGCAAUCCAUAGUGAAUGUGAGCCCGAGCAGUGAGACAGCGGCACCCAAUGUAAAAGCGCCUGUGUGUACAAAACCUCGGACUGCCAGCAAGAGAAGCAGCAUGUAUCUGGAGGAUAUGGAGCUGCCUUCUCAGGGUAAGAGGACUGAUGGGCAGAGCCAGUUCGGCAGAAACCAGUUUCGCUCAUAUGAAAACCUCCUCGUUCACAUCCCCAAAGACCAUAAACCAGGCACCUUUCCAAAAGCUCUGUCCAUAGAGAGCCUGUCACCUUCCAGUGACAGAAACAAUGACUCUCAAACACUGGCCCAAACUUCUCCAUCCAACAAUGGGCUAGGUGAGCCUUGGUCUGGCAAACUUCUGGCAAAGCCCCCCUGUCCUGGAGCUCCACAGGGCAGCAGGGUGAGUGUUUACGACAACGUGCCGGGCUCCCACCUUUAUGCCAGCACAGGAGACCUGCUGGACUUAGAGAAAGAGGACAACGUGUUCCCUCACCUGGACGACAUCAUCCAGCAUGUCAGUGGUUUGCAGCAAAUAGUGGAUCACUGGAGCCGCAGUGUGCUGCCUGAGGGUGAGACGGGGGAAGGAGAGGAGGAAGGGGAGGACAGGACCACCCCCAGUGAAGGGGAGAGAGAUGGAGUUUCUUUGAAUGACACUGAUUCAACAGGGACCAGUAGGGAGAGACGAGACUCUGGAGUCGGGGCCUCGCUGACAAGACCACGUCUACGAUGGCCCAGUUUCAGAACCUCCGAUCAUCUCAACCAGCCUGCAUCUUCACUGCAAAUCAGUAGCCAGUCAGCAGGCCAGCUCAGCCUGCUGCAGAAGUUCUCAUUGCUCCGCCUCACUGCCAUCAUGGAAAAACACUCAAUGUCUAAUAAGCAUGGCUGGACAUGGUCUGUGCCCAAGUUUAUGAAGCGCAUGAAAGUACCUGACUACAAGGAGAAGAGUGUGUUUGGUGUUCCCCUCAUUGUCCAUGUCCAGCGCUGUGGUUUUCCACUCCCUCUGUGUUUACAGCAGGCCCUCAGCCACCUCAGAAAACACUGUCUGGACCAGGUGGGUUUGUUUCGCAAGUCUGGCGUGAGGUCUCGUAUUCAGGCUUUGAGGCAGCAGUGUGAGCUGUCCCCUGACUCUGUGAGCUAUGAGGACCAGUCAGCUUAUGACGUGGCCGACAUGGUCAAACAGUUUUUCAGAGAUUUGCCUGAGCCUCUGCUAAUGAGCAAGCUGGGAGAAACCUUCCUGCACAUUUACCAGUACGUCCCGAAAGAGCAGUGGUUGCAGGCCAUCAGAGCGGCCAUUUUGUUGAUGCCAGAUGAAAACAGGGAGGUUCUGCAGAUGUUGCUCUACUUCCUGCGUGAUGUUACUUCCUUGGUGGAGGAGAACCAGAUGACACCAAUGAACCUGGCUGUUUGUCUGGGACCUUCACUCUUCCAACUCAGCAUACUAAAGAAUGAGAUGCUGUCACCAAGGGUAAUCCAGAGGAAGUAUGCCACAGGCCGCCCUGAUCAGAAAGACCUGAACGAGAGCCAGGCUGCCACCCAGGGCCUGGCACACAUGAUCACUGAGUGCCAGCGUCUGUUUCAGAUCCCCGAGGAGAUGGUGACCCAGUCUCGCAACUCCUAUAUGGAGGCUGAGCUGAUGGUGCCCCCACUGGACGAGCUGUGCAAGGCUCAUGAGGAGGAGGUGGACGAGGACGAGGAGGAUGAGGAAGGAUCCUAUCAUGCACACCUAGAAAGCCUAUUUCAGAACUUGUUGAAAGAAGCCAAAGAUAAGAGCAAAGGCUGGGUGCCUCGUUCAACUAAUGACCACACAGAACUGGCCUUUAAAAAGGUGGAAGACAAUAACCCCCUAAGGAGGUGGCGAGUGUGUGUGGAGGUGUCGGCAACUCCCACUGAGGUGCUGCAGCGGCUGCUAAAAGAGCGCCCUCUGUGGCAGAAUGAACUACAGCAGGAGAAGGUUAUAGAGACGCUGGAUAAGCAGACAGACGUGUACCAAUACUGCUGCCGCAACAUGGCACCUCGACCCGACUGUGACUAUGUGGUACUAAGAUCAUGGUGUACAGACCUGGGUAAAGGCUCCUCUGCGCUGGUGUGUUUGUCCAUCGAACAUGACGACAGCCCACGCAUGGGAACAGUGAGGGGGGUUGUGCUGGAGUCACAGUACCUCCUGGAGCCCUGUGGGAUGGGAAGGACCAGGCUCACACAUAUCUCUAGAGUGGACCUCAGAGGAAGAUCUCCAGAAUGGUACAACAAGGCGUUCGGUCAUCUGUGCAUUAAUGAAGCCCAGAGGAUCCGCUCCUCUUUUCAGCCUCUAGAUCAGACGAGCACUGAGGCCAAGUUCUGAACCCCAGAAAUCAAGCUUUAUUUUGGGUCACACUGCCUGAGUAGCUAGGCCUGAGAAACACUGACAAAGGAGAGGAAACAUUCAGGCAGUGGAGUUUGGUCUCUUUUCAUGCUGCUGAGCCACACUGUACCAUACUGUACUGAGUUAUAGUCAUUCACAUACAGGGUCAAGUAUUUUUCUCCAUUAAUUCUGGUCAUUCUGGACAGGUGUCCUUAAACAAUGUAUCACUGCUUAUUUAUUUUCCAAAAUAUUUUUUUUUUGUAUCACAGAACAAACAGUUCCAAUUGUGAAACAACAAAUUUGAUUUUAUUUGAAUAACCAUUAAUGAUUUACUGUAUAUAGUUGACUCAUAGCCAACCAUCUACAAAUCCAACAUCUUCCCAAAAAAAUGAUCUAAUAAAACAGACAGCACCAGCAGGUGGGAUCAUGAUCUGGGUGCCAUAGCGUUAGGGUUAAUAUUUAAUCUGAAACACUUUAAUUUGAGAUGAAUUUAAUUAUUAUUGUAAUAGAAUUUGUACCCUAGACUUGCACGCAGCUGAUUUUGUAGUAUGUACACUCACAAAUAGCCUAAAAGUUACUUAAAGUAGAAAAAGUAUAUUAGUACUGAUUAUUUAGAGAAAUCUAUUUUAACGCCAACUCUUUAAAAUGUCACAUUGCCUACUUUGAUAUUUAAUAUGACUAAUUCAUCUAAAAUGUAUUAAUGAAUAGGUCUGAAUAGGUCAGUAAAUGUUAGAAACACAAAUUCACACAAACACUGACAAUAUCUUACAGUCAUUUUGCCCACAAUUCAUUGAUUAAUCUUUCAAGAAACUAAUGCAGAUCUGACUUGCCUGGAUUUUUAUUAAUCUCUGCUUUAAAGAUAGUAUUUUACACUUACGUUUCAAUAUUUAUAAUAUACACACAACUGUUACAGAGCCUUCUAUAAAGAUGCAAAAACAUCUGUGCUCCUAAAAAUCCCUGCAAUAUGAAUGACCAAGUCCAGUACAAUAUGGAUACCUGUCAACAUUACAUUGUGAAAUGAGCGCACUAGUUUCAGGAAAAUCGAGUGCAUGAGGGAUCUGGAUAGCAGAAAGGGGAAAUGUUCAUCGGGUCCAAAAACGUGCUUGAGUCCUGCUAUGGACAUGUUGUGUUGGAGAUCACUGUUGAUUUAGUUCUCAGUCACUAUUUUCAGUGUUUAUCUUAUCUAAAUGAAAUGUUCUUUUAAAGUUAUUAUUAUUAUUAUUAUUAUUAUUAUUAUAUUUCUAUAUAUGGUAUCAUUGUUGCUUUUUUGCUGUCAUGUUAUACGGUGUCUAAGACAUGUGACCAUUUCACUGCUUCUGGGAAGCAUGUUUGAAAUUGUGUGUGUGUGUGUGUGUGUGUGUGUGCAUGGAUGUGUCCACAUAUCUGCAUUUUAAAUAUAUGCGCACUGUACUGUAAAUAUAUACAAGGCUUUCUGUGCCCACAAAUCGAGCAUAAUAGUUUUGGAGAGUCUUCCUGUCGUACUGAUAUGCUGAAAUGUGAACUUUCCACUCAGCAUAAUACCGAAGCAGUAGCAGACUGGAGCUUGCUCUGCCACGGCACUGCCUGGACUUUUUUUGUUUCAGCUGUAGGCUGCGUUGCUACGGUGUUGCUAUGAUACAGUAUUUCUACAGUGCCACCAAAAUCCUGUGUGGAUGCUGUUUGCUGGAGAACAGUACGGUGUGUGUGUGUGUGUGUGUGUGUGUGUGUGUGUGUGUGUGUGUGUGUGUGUGUGUGUAUGCCCCCGACUGUGUGGGGAAAGGUUCCAAAUCUCGCUGAUUGGCUGAGGUUUAUGGUUAUUUCUGACAGAAUGACAGAAAACCGAACCAGUGUUUCUAAACAAGAGAAUAAAAAA